AUAGUUACAUUGUGGGAACACCAACAUUGUGCUGCUACAUUACACUAUGUGAUAGUUACAUUGUGGGAACACCAACAUUGUGCUGCUACAUUACACUAUGUGAUAGUUACAUUGUGGGAACACCAACAUUGUGCUGCUACACUACACUAUGUGAUAGUUACAUUGUGGGAACACCAGCAGUGUGCUGCACCAUACUAAGUGAUAUUUACAUACUGGGAACGAAAGAUAGCUAUGUCCAUGAACUUAGGUAGGAUAAGAACUCUCAGCCUAUAUACUGAACUAUAUACACAUAUACCCACAGGUGGCGUGUCAGUCCACCUGGCCUCCCAGGUGGGUCGUCCCAGGGUGGUCAGACACCUGAUCACCUGUACAGGUGUCAAUCCAAACACCACAGACUACUAUGGGGACACUGCGCUACACAUUGCUACGAGGGAGUGCCAGGCGGAGGCAGUGGCAGCUCUACUGGAGUGCCAAGCUGACCACACCAUCACAGACCGUCAGGGCUGGACUGCAGCUCAGUUGGCCGCCGCCCUGGGCCACACUACCGUCCUGCAGGAACUGGGCCGCCACGAUCCUGAGGUCUUACACCGUCGGGACGUACGGGGUUCUUCUCUCCUGCAUUACAGCGCCGCCAAUGGGACGGCUGCGACGUCCAGGUGGCUGGUACAGCAAGGUCUGAAGAACUCCCGCAGGAGCUGUGACGGUGUCAGGCCCCAUCAGUGUGCCCAGGCCAGAGAUAAGACCGAUCUGGCGGCCUUCCUGGCUCUCAGUGCCACCAGAUAUGGUAGUUUGAUGAUGUGGUGGCUGCUUGGCUGGUGGCCGCUGAGACUCUUGUCACUCAAGAUUUACAACUACACCUCAGAGAGCAGACCCCUCAAGAUCUGCAAUAUUGAACAGCUGUUGAUACAGAUGUACAGAACAUCUACAGAACAAGGUGAGUCGAGCUCCAAUUUAAGACAUGUGUUAGAAGAACAUGUGCAGGAGGAGGUGCAGCUGCAUGAACGUGUGAACGCUGAAGAACACACACGCAGCCGGGAACCACUGAACACACCCAGACACCUACACGCAGAACAUUUGCAUGAAGAACAGUCAGUCAAUCCAGAACAGUUGAAGAGACAAGAACAUUUGCUUUUAGAAGAACGAUUGCGAACAGAACAGAACUUACGAGAAAGUGCAACUGUACAAAGAAUGUUCAAUACGCACGAGGUAAAUAAAGAACAAAUAUACAAAUAUGAACAACUGAAUGAACAAGAACAGUUUAAGGAACAUGAGCACUUUGAAGAACAAGAACAGUAUGAAGAUUUUGAACAGUUUGAAGAACAAGAACAGUAUGAAGAUUUUGAACAGUUUGAAGAACAAGAACAGUAUGAAGAUUUUGAACAGUUUGAAGACAGAACAGUAAGAUUUUGACAUGAAGAACAAGAACAGUAUGAAGAUUUUGAACAGUUUGAAGAACAAGAACAGUAUGAAGAUUAUCAGUUUAAAGAACAGUAUGAACAUGAACAGUUUAAAGAACAAGGACAUUAUGAAGAACAGUUUGAACAAGAACAGUUUAAGGAACAUGAGCACUUUGAAGAACAAGAACAGCAUGAAGAACAGGAACAUUUUGAAGAACAAGAACAGUAUGAAGAACAAGAACAGGUUAAAGAACGAGAACAGUAUGAAGAACAAGAACAGGUUAAAGAACGAGAACAGUAUGAAGAACGAGAACAGGUUAAAGAACGAGAACAGUAUGAAGAACAAGAACAGGUUAAAGAACGAGAACAGUAUGAAGAACAAGAACAGGUUAAAGAACGAGAACAGUAUGAAGAACAAGAACAGGUUAAAGAACGAGAACAGUAUGAAGAACGGAAACAGGU